CAUAUCGCACACUUGUCACACCCAAGAUAAUGGAAAAUACGGGAAAUGAAAAGGAGGCUGUGUGGAUUUUUUCCCUUUUUUUUUGCACAUUUCUUUGGCUUUAGUUUAUCUUUUCUAAUAUAGAGUCCAUUUAACCUUGUUAGGUGGAAAAAUUAAGCUAUAUUGUUGCUGUUAUGACUUGAAAACCCAUUAUUCACUACAGCACAAAAACAUCCACGCUGCUGCUUGUCGGAGCUGUAAACAAACCCAUUAAAUUCCCACAAUUCAGUCAAAUGGAAGCAUUUGCUUGGCAGAUUAAGAAAAGCUGUCAUACUUGCAUGUGUAACUGAAUAAUUACGGCUGCGUUUGGUUUGGUUCGAAGCGGUUUCUCUGGUUUAUUUACCACAGAGAGGCAAACUGAACGAGAGCGCUGAAAGCAUAUUGGAAUGCAAGAACACAAUAGGAUAUAAUGGUCUUGCCUUUCAGCUUGGCGUCUUUCAGUAUAUGGCCAUUUUAAUGAGACGCUUUUUCAAAUUAAACUUCUUUGUGCGUUGCCACAGUUAAUACUAUUAUGGAAGUGCAAUAUGUUAGGCAUAAAAUACAAAUGCUUGAGUCGGUUAGCCAGCCUUGAGAGGCUGAAUCAGCGUGCGACCUCAUAAACGAGCUGUAGUAAUGAAUAUACUAUUAAUGAAAUGACAUCUAAACAUCCCAAACAUCCAGAUAAAUGAAUUUAGAGGCCGUUUGUAUCUCCUACAUGUCCUCACUUCUAGGAGAAAAUCAAUGCCUGCAUGUCUGAUUUCAAAAGCCCCUGCACUCUCUGACAGCUGCUAAUGCACUCCUGCUUGUUUGACAUGUUAUCUCACUCUGUACUUGUUAAGGCUGGAAAUCCAUCAUAGUUUAAUGCAAUUUCAAAUCACUCAGAAUGACUUCAAGCGCCCAUUUGAUGCUGGAAGAUGGUGCACUUACACAGAUUGUUAAUUAAACAAAGAGGAGCGCGGAGUUUGACUUGAGAUAAGCAGCUUGGUAUUUUAAUCGCAUCCCCACCCCAUCCCUUUAUGAUAAAACGAAGGCGUAGAAACAUCAGCUUUGAAUGGUAUUUGGUUUAACAAUACAAUCUAGUGGAGCGAUCUGCUGAGAAUGUCCCCCCCCACUGAUGUGUCGAAAUCAUUCGUCUUAAAAGAGCAGAUAAAGGACUACAGCAGCGUGAUGUUCAAAUUCUUAUUAAGAUAGAGCCGGCUCUGACAAACUUUGAUUAGUUACAGGUGGGAUCAAAGCAGAAAUUUUUUCCCCCUGUGUAAUUUAAUGGGAAAGCAUUUAUGGUAUUUAAUGUGUAUCAGAGGAAACUUGGUCACAUCAUUGAUCUUGUGCUUUAAAUGCUCAGUAUGUGUGUGAGGAGGUGAAAAGUGUUGGGAUGGUGAAAAGUCAUAUCAGGUCGACCUGACCAUACAGAGGGGAAUCUGCCCCCUUUGGUAACUUGAUACAUUUUUAGAUGGAAGAAGAGUGAACUGGUGUUUGUUCUGAAGAUGAUGGACCAUAGAUGGCUGUUUACUGACAUCUAGUGGUCAUAAAUGAUUAAAACUCUCUUCAAUUUGUGGCUAAUAUGCGAGUUUUGGCAUUCGAUUCAUGCUUUUCUGAUGUUUACAACUGGCUGGAACAUGGAUGCAAUGCAAUAAUGAAUAAUAAGAGAAAUGUUAAGUAAAGUGAAAACAAUCAAAACUAUUUAUCCUGUCACACUCAGAUCUGCAGUUUGUUGUGUUUAUCACAGCAGGGCUCACAGUAGUUACUGAAAUAUCUUUUAUUUCAAUAAAUAGGCCGCUCUUAACUCAUCUCAGCUCAUCUAAAUGACUUCAUUGCUACUGUUUUGGUGUCAUGUAUUUAUUGUGUAAUCUGUGGCCUGCAGUUUAGGUUUCUCUUUAAGUGGCAAAAGACAAGGGAGGAAAUUUUACACCACAGGGCUAACUCUGGCUUAUUUAGUUAUUUUGCUGUUUGUGAAUAAGCACAGUCCAUUUCAAAUAAAUCAAAAUUAAAUCAAAAUGUUCAGAGUUUCAGAUCUUUUCCAAAGCUCCACGUCCAAAAAGGUAGUUUAAAAUGUAAAUAAAAACAAUGCAAAGAUUUGCAACUUCCUGGCCCAUAUUUCACUCACAGAGAAAACCUAUUAAACACACAUAAGUGUUUAAACUGAGCAUUUUCAGAAAAAAGUGUGGCACUUUUGAAUUUGGUGGCAGCAAUACGUAGCAAAAAGUUGGGCGGAGGCAACAAAAGACUGCAAAAUGAAGUCAUAGUAAGAAACAGCUGGAGGAGCAUUUCGCAUCUAAGAGCACCUUUGGGGGGCAGAGGUUCGAAUAAUUUCAGAAUAAUGUUCCUCAGUGUAAAACUGUGAAAACUCUGAAUGUUCUCAUAAUAACAGCACAUAAAAUAGAAAGUUUCAGAGAAUCUGGAGAAAAAUCUGCUCAAGGGACAAGGCUGAGAAUCAGUAGAAGAUCUCUGUGAUCUUUGGACCCUCGGGCAGCACUGCAUUAGAAACAGGGAUGUUUCUGUCAUGGAAAUCACUGCAUGAGCUCAGAGACGUGUCCAGAAGUCUGAAGUUCACAGUAGUCUGUGAACAUAGUUCAUCAUGGCAUCCACUAAUGCAGGUUACUUUAUUUAAAGAAGAAGCCAUAUGUGAACAUGAUUCAGAAACACUGUCUUCUUGGGGCCAAAGAUCUAAAACAGACUGAGGCAAAGUGAAAAAAAACUGUUCUGCAGUCAGAAAAAACAAAAUUAACAUUUUUUUGGUGAACAUGGACUACCACAUCUGGACUGAAAAGAAAGGACCAUCCUACUUGUCAUCAGCACUCAGUUCAAAGCCUGCAUCUCUGAUUGUAUCAUGGUACAUCAGCUUGCACAUCUGUAAAAGCACCAUAUGGUCCCAUCCAGAUGACAUGUUUUGUUGGGAAGGCCUUGCAUAUGCAAUCCUAAACUACAUACUGCAUCUAUUAUAACAUCUUUGUAAAAGAAGACUCGGGUGCUGAACAUGCUGAUGAAACAAAACAUAUGACAAAGAAGACCCAGGACUGUAGAACAGCUAGAAUCACAUAUCAGACAAAAAGGGGGAAACAGCUGGUCUCCUCACUUUCCAGAUGUUUACAGACUAGUGCUGAAAUGCUACACGAUAAGGAACAUGGCCCUGUCCCAAUUUUUUUGAGACAUGUUGCUGCCACCAAACUCAAAAUGAGCUAAUAUUUUUCUUAAUAUGGUUAAUUCUCCCAGUUUUAACAUUUUUCUUUAAUGUUUCUAUUAUUAAUAAAAAUGUUUGGAGUCUGCCAAAAGUGUGACUUUGGUCUGGAGACUGGUGAGGAUAACUUAAAACACCAUUAGCCCUGAAGAACUAAAGGCUUUUUGUUAGUUUCGUUACGUUAGGAGAUUCUAAUAAUUGUUAAUAGACGGAAAUAGUAUUUCUGUCUUUUUGGUGAAGUUGACGUUGAUGCGUUCAUUAUGUGAGGAUUCACUGCCAUCUAGUGGUCACAGUUUGAAACAACAGCAUUAAAUUUGUAUCAAAAGAUCGAAUUAUUUCUUCUCACUCGUGUUGGCCAUUGUAUUGUCACAGAGCUCCGUUAAUAACACUUUUCUGCAGUUUUCACUGCAAGCUAACACGUAUCCCUCGUGUUAUCAUUUUUUGUGGGUUUGGUUACACUGUGCGUCAGGGUGGCAGUGUGCAAGCAGCGCCUCUCUGCUCCACCACAGAUUGCAGCUGCAUUGAAGCACUCUGCGGUCAAAUGAUCUAGAAACACGAGCGUAUCUCAGACACAGCCAGUCUCUGUCUCUCUCCAGGAUUUCAGCGAUUUUUAAAAAAACAUUUUGAAGGCUUCACUACAGUUUCUCCAUCAGAAUGUCGUCAUCUGAAAGUGCUGCGUCACAUGAAGUCAGUGAAGCAUCAGCCCCCACAUCAGAGGCUGAAUCUCUGAGAAUCGUUCUGCUGGGCCGGACCGGGACAGGCAGAAGCUCCUCUGGCAACACCAUCCUGGGAAGGUCUGCGUUCCUGGUGGACGUGUCCCCCUGUUCUGUAACCGCACGAUGCAAGAAACAGAGCGGGAUAGUGGGAAGGCGGAGUAUCUCUGUCAUUGACACUCCCGGGCUCUUCCACACACACCUGUCUUCUCAGGAGGUUAUGGCAGAGGUGGGACAGUGUGUUGGUUUCUCUUCUCCGGGACCCCACGCCUUCUUGGUGACACUGCAGCUCGGCAGGUUCACCCAUGAGGAGAGGGAGGCCUUUGAGUGGAUCAAAGCUAGAUUUGGGCCUGGAGUAAUGAGGUUUACGAUGGUGCUGUUCACCUGUGGUGACCAGCUGAAGGGGAAACGCCUGGAGGACUUUCUAGAGCAGAGCCAGGAGCUGUCUGAGUUUGUCAGCAGCUGCCAUGGAGGAUAUCACGUCUUUGAUAACAGCAGGCAGGAGGAAACAGAUGAAUGUUCACAUCAAGUCAUGCAACUUUUGGAGAAGGUGGAUCAAAUUGUGGCUAAGAAUGGAGGCGGUUGCUACAGCGAGGAGAUGCUGAAGGAGGCUGAAGGUGCCAUAAGGGAGGCACAUGAGAGGAUUCUGGGUGAAGCUGGGCACGUGGUGGAGUCUAUUCAGACAGAGGCUGAGGUCACAGAGGGGCGGCUGCCAAGAUUGGAAAAGAAGUGGGAGGAUGAGGAGAGGAGAAGGGAGGAAGAGGAGGCCCGGAAGAGAGCGGAGAGGCUUUUCUGGUGCGAGCUGGUGACCGCCCUGGGGAAAGGUGCUGCGGAGGGGGCAGGGAUCAUGGGAAAGGACAAGGGGAAAGGGAAAGCUGUGAAGAAGGCGAAGGUGGUGGAGAAAGUGGCAGCUCUGGCUGCGUCUCCGCUCUCUGUCAGGUCGGCUGCGAAAGCAGUGGGAGGGGCCGUGAGAGAAGGAAGCAAGGUGCUAUACAAACACAGAAAAACUUUACUGCGCUGAAAGGUAAAUCAAAGAGACAGGACACAACGAAGCCCACGUGGUGAGGACAAGUCACUUGAUGUAAGGCCAGCUGGACUUCUUUAGGUUUUGAAGACGUUUCGCUUCUCAUCCAAGAUGCUUCUCUAGAGAAGGGGUCAAAUCCCUACCAGUGGUUUAUAGGCCGAGACCAUGCACCAGGUGCUCUAGGGAUGAAAAAGCCUCCUGGAUGAGAGGCGAAGCAUCUUCAAAGACCUAAAAAAGCCAAGCUGCCAUUUUCUCAAGCUCCCAAGACCACCAUGACCUGGAUGAAUGAGAACCUACAGAUGCAUCACUUAACUGUGAUUAUGUUUCCAUUGUUCAACACCACAAUCGCACCACACACGCACUCUUAGACUAUACUGUGAAAUACGAACUCACGGCACAAUAAAGUCACACAAAAAAAAAAAAGUCCAGUUCAUCUUAUUAUGACUUCACACAUUUGUAUUUGUCAAAAAUAGGUUAGUUCGCUACACAGAUACAAUACAUUAAAAAACAUUUUUCCCAUCAUUUCCACCCCCGACACAAUGGCGUGAUUUGGUUAAGGUAACAACACAGGAAGAUUUAAAAAAAAAAAAAAGAAGAACUGUUUAAAACAUUGCAGCAGUUACCUUAUCCGUCUUUGGCUUCAUAUAACAA